CGAGUAAGCAAUUAGUAAAUAACAGUAAGUCGACAAUGAACGACGCUAUAGCUUGUAUAGAUAGAGUGGUAUUGGGCAUAUCGGAAGGACGGAGCCUCUGCACCGGGAAGCUGAUAAAAGAGUCGAGUUACUAGUUACUUUUUAGUUAUUCGGUAUAACUACAUAUCUGGUGUAGCACGAGUUCAAAUGUAAACGUAAUGCUUUAAAGUGUUCAUGUGAAGUGUUAAAUAACGCAGUAGUUACGAAAAUGGAAGCGACUUUACGAUGGAGGUAUUUUAUUUUGAUCAUUUUCAUCUUGAAUUUAGCCAUUAUCGGACUAGAAUGCAAAGAUAACAAUAAAGAUCCUGCCGAUAUAUGUUCUAAAAAUCCUUGUUAUAACGGCGGCAAAUGUUCCCAAACUUCAGUUCAUCCAGGUUACAAAUGUUCAUGUUCCGGUACUGGAUAUUAUGGCAAUAGAUGCCAAAAUCAAUGUUCGAAAUCUGGCGAAAAAGAAAAACAGAAAAGAAUGGCUGCUACACCGCCAGAAUGUAUCGUAAUAUAAAUUUAUUGAUUUGUAAUGCUAAUUAAGGAAUAAAUUUAAUUUUUUCAUAAUAAAUCAAAGACCAAUUUGCGUACAUAUUUGAGAUAAUUUUUUUUUUUUUUUGAUAAAAAUAAAUUAUAAUAGGUAUGUGCAUUUUAUUCAAGUAUUUUUCUUUUUAUACAAAUAUUAAUAAAUAAUCAACGAUA